AUUCUGAGGAGGAUGAUUUUGGAGAAAAAGUAGUGAAUCUGGAUCUGCUUUUCGGUUAUCAUUUAAAACCAGGCAGAGGAUCUCAGGAUGAAAGUUAUCAGACAGAUUUGCACAACUUUUCUGGAAAGGAGGGGGAAGGGAAUCAAGAGGUCCACUUACACAAUCCGCACAGUGCUGCCAACAGCGAACAAGCAGAAAUCAUCUGGUGCUAACAAAGGACAUGUCACCUUGUCAUGCCUCUCUUACAGAGAAUGCAAUUCCUAUGUACAUCAUGAAUAAGUAUUGAAAGGGAAAGAUUUGUGCCCUUUUGUCCACAAAUGCAUUUGUAACUCCAUUUCUAACUUAAGCAUGCAAGCACAGGGAAAAUAUCUCAAUGUGGGCUCAAGUUGCAAAUAUAUCAAAUCACAGAUAAAAAUCAAUUCUGUUUCUAACAGUCGUUUUAGUUUUGUGGGAAGGAGAAACAUUCUUGAUUUUGCAUUAAAAAUGAGAAAUGUUUGAUGUGCAAGAAAAUAGAAAAGAAUUUACAUAUUUUUUUAAGCUAGUAUUAUGGGAAUAAAGAAGGAUUUCUCAGAUGCAAGUCCGUUGUACCUAUUAAGUCUUUGUAAUGUUUUAUGCCAGUCAUGGAAAUGAUCAUGAAAAAUGCAAAUCACACAGUCUUAACAGUACAAAAUGGCCAGUGAUGCUAUGUCAGCUGUUUGUAAAAACAGAUGUUACUGGCUAGUUACAUAACUAUUUGUAAGGAAAAUAAAGUGUGCAUCAAAAAAGUGUUACCUCCUCUUUGUGAGUAACUGAAUUACUUGAUAUGGUACUCGAUCUCAGAAAUCAGAGAGAAUCCAAGUUUGGUUUCUUGGUCUGUGUGGAUUGUUGAUCACAGAGUGACGUCAGGGUCUCACAAAUGACCUUAGUAUGCCCUGAUUUCUGAAGGAUUCUAAAUGGAAAAUGUAUGUGGAAGUGGAUGGUGACAGUGUUGCGUUGACCUAUAUCAAAGAUGUAACUUUCAAUGCUAAUCGGCAAGACACAGAUAUAAUUAAAAUAACCAAGCCUCCCUACCUAAUGGAGAAGUGGAUUGUGGGAAUCAGUGAGAACCAGAUUGUUGAAUGUAUUGUUAAUUAUGAGAAUGAUGUCAAAACUCCAAAAACAACUAAGCACAACCACACUAUCACACUGAGUACUGCCAACGUUGAAAUGAAGGAAGUGGUGCUAGUCAUCCAAGCCAUGCCAACAAAUACAGAAAACAAGUUUCAGAGCAAGUGCCAGUUAAAUGUUCGUCAACAAUGGUUUGAUACUUUAAAAUUGCGCAGAACAUCAACAGGCGACUCAUCACAAUAUUCUGCCAUUUUACCUCCUAACCAAAAUACUUCCACUUCCAUUACACAAUCUCAAUUGUUUAAUUUAUUUGCUAAUCAAGAUACUUACGCAGCAGUUGUAAGACGUAUGCAGAGCCCCAGUAGAUACCACAUUGCUACUCCUCUGACUCAAUCCAGACAAAGCUCCAGCCCACUACCUACAACGCCAGUGUUAUGCAGUCGUCUUUCUACUGUACACCUCAGCUCUGAAGGAAGCAGCCUGUCAAGCACCACCUCAAACAGCAUUUUGGAGAGGGACCAUAUUACCAGUAGACAAAGCAGUGGCUAUCAGAGCAAUGAGUCCAAUGACUUCCUGUUUAAUAAAACAACCACUUCUGAAGGAUUUAACCACAUUAGUAAAAAAGGAGUUAGCCCAGUGUUCAUGCGUGGUAGUGGAAAUAGGCACAUGAGUAAGGAAUAUGGUAGGGAGAGAAGCAAAAGCACACCUCUGAGACAUUACUCUGGAUAUCAAUCAUCAGAAAGGAGGUAUUCUCAAUCCACCCGUUCUCACCAUGCUAGGUCAUGGGGCCCUGACAGAAACCUACAAAAGCAAUUUCAGCAACAAUUAGAUACAGAUAUUAAUGGAGUCUCAGGCAUGAAAGGUGCUGGUACUAAAAGUACAAAAGACACAGGUAAAGAGAGGCAAAGCAAAUCCAAUGAAGGAGAUUGGAUUAAAGUUGAACGGCACAAAAAAUCUCAUAAAAAUGACUCUUUUAAAGUAUCCAGAGGUAGAGGCCGAGGAGCAGGACGUAGCCGACUGUUCUGACAGAGAACCUCAGAAGUUGACUUGUGUUUGUGUCAACUUAAAUUGUUAUGUCUAUUUGAUCAUCUUUCUGUAUUCUAUAAUAUUUAAGGCAGAUGGAUAUAAUUUGCUAAUAGAGAUUGUUACAGAUUUGAGUAGGAUCUGAAAUGUUCAAAAGAACUCAAGCCUGUCACUGAGCCUGUCGUGGUUAUUCGGUCAAAACUCAGCAUUCAGUAAAUGGAAUCAGGGUUAAUGUAUAGGAUACCACCCCAUCACCCCUACCCAUUACUUUAUACUGGCACAGGUUUUAAUAAAACCUGCAGUUCUAUGAUAAUUUACUAAUGUAGGUGUAUUAAAGAGAGAGACUGAGCUAUGUAAGAGAUAGUGAGUGUGUGUGAGUUGAAUGUUGUGUAGAGAGGGGGAGGAAUAUGGGGCAUUGCCAUAAACACAAACACACACUAUGCAUUGACAGUAUAUGGAUAUCCCAACAUCACCUGUUUUUCUUGCCAUCCCCACUGAAAGUUUGGACUGUAGUGAAUAAAAACCCAGACACACAUCCUAACAUAGAAUUGAAGGCAUUUUUUAUAAAAUUCAUGGAAUUGAGGACAAAUGAUUUAAAUUUGUUAAGAAUUGGCAAUAUGCGCCCAGUGUUUCCUACAUAACUUUGUUUUGGAAUUGCAACUAUUUUCCGCAUUUGUUAACACAGGGGUAGUAGAAUAGAAAAACACAAAUCCAAAUUUGCUGAUGAUACAGAGGCAUGUGACAUUGUAAAUCCAAAAGUAAAUUUAGAUAUCGUGGGCAAAAUUGUGGCAACUAGAUUUCAAUCUAGGUGAAUGUGAGGUAUUCCUAAAAAGGAUAGAACAGAGUACUUUUUAUUACAAAAAGGGUAAAUCUCAGAAGAGACAUCGGUGUUCAUGUUUCAUGAACAUGUACAGAAAACAAUGAAAAUUCUGACAAAAUGUUGGAAUACAAGGUUGUAGAGGGUAAACUGUAGCUAUACAAAUACCCAGUUAGGCUAAAUGGGUGAACAGAUCCAAACAUCACAUCUUAGAUUGAGAGAACAUACAGCACAGACAUACAGCUAGACUGAUAAUGGGAUCCCAAGAAUUAAAUUAUGAGAAAAGAUUACAUAAAUUAGUCAUGUUUCUGCACUUUAGAAUUUAAAGGGAUAAUUUGAUUGAUGUUUUCUGACAUUAAGGGGAAUAGAUAGGGAGAUAAAGAAAAACUAUUUACACUGGUUAAGGAGUCUAGGUGUAGAGGGGGAUAGUUUAGAAAUUAUUACCAGAGUAAGAGUCAUAGAGAUGUACAGCAUGGAAACAGACCCUUCGGUCAAACCCAUCCAUGCUGAACAGAUAUUCCAACC